CGUUCGUCACCGACACUUGUGUUUCGUGUUUUAGUCUUGAUUUAAGUGAAUAAGGUUUUAAGUGAUACAUAUUGCCAUGGAGGCUGCUGAAGGAAUAAUCGAAAGUCACUACACCAGGAUUUCAAUGCUGGGACGAAAUGAUAUCCAACUGGGUGACUUUUACAAUUACCGCAACGACCGCGUAGUCAAAGGAAAUCAGCUGGAGGGCAAAUGCUGGCCCAAUCGAAAGAAAGAGGAAUACCUAUUGGAAUUCAAUCACUCGAAAUCAUACAACAAAUUGGAGCACAUGAAUUUAGACGAGCAUUCGCAGGCCAGCGUCGUUGGGGAUCUCAUCGACGAGUAUUGCGGAUCCAGCCUUUACUUAAACGAGCGAUGGAAGGUGACGGAAGCCACCGGAACAAUAAUUUGCCGGCUCCAGACGGGCAAAAUCUUUUUAGACAUGUCGAUAUUCGUCAGAAAUGAAGGCCCUUACUUCCCGAGCGAUGAGAAAGAAAUCCGGAAAUUCAUCCAGUCGUCGGAUGCCACUCACGUCGUGGUGGGACUCGUCUACGGGUUCGAAUCCUAUUGCGUCAUCGCCAAGGAUCUCGACGACGACCAAGAUGACACCCGGAAAGAAGAAGAAGAGAAACUAUCCGAAUUGGUGGCCCAGUUUGUCGACGGGCUGAAAGAUGGCGUGGAUCCGGAUGAUUUCCGGCAGCAGUUCGACAAAGAAGAGAUCCAUCAAUUCAAUCAGAUUAAAUGUCGCCUCUACGCUGAUAACCAGAACCGCUGCCAACGCAAGUACGGCGUCUUUGACGUCUACCAAAUGUGGUCGAAAAUCCUGGCCGGCCAAACCGACGACUUCACUAUCGCCGCUAUCGUCUGUCCCAUCCGAAUCAUCGUCGAUCCUUUCAACAGUUUCCCCGACGAAUUGUUCGAUUAUUAUUACGACACUGAAUCGAAAUUGAUUGUCCAGUGCUAUUUCCACCUGUUUGAAGUGAGGAGGAUUCUUUCCAGGAUGAACGCCAAUCGUUUCGUUUCGAAUAAGAAACCCCUGAGGCAGUUCCGGAUGGCCGUCAGGAUAUACCAGGAACUGAUGAAGAAGAGCAUCAAACACGCCAUACUGGAAGCCCGUCGAACUAUCGACGACGACGAUGAAAUUGUAAGGAUCAUCGACAUUUGUAACACUCACCCAGUGUUUAGACCUGGCCAGUUGAAACGCUGGUUGAACGACAAGCAAGUGGAAUGGGAGAUGACCGAGAAAAUGGCCAAUUUAUCCGGGAUCAGCUUUUUGCCCGGCAGGAAACAUUUGAAAAAAGCCCUGGCCGACACGUUUGAUAAGAAAUUUUCAUUGGUGUUGAAUAUUCCGCCGCUGGAUGAGAAGACGAACGAGAGACUGGAUGCGAUGCGGGAUUACGUGGAAGCUUCGGUUAAAUUAGUGGCCGUCGCCGAUGAGGAGCAAAUGAUGGCCUAUUACAACAAUCCUUGCUGGUACAUGGUCGAACGUAAGCGGAAGCUGGUGGUGGAUGAAAUCCGCCGGAAGACCGAUUACGUGAGAAGAAAUCAAGACGACAAGAGCCAAUGGACUUGGCUCUUCUUACACCCAACUGCGAUUAUGCCGAUGAUGCUGGACAGGAUUUCCGGUGGCACUAUUCCGUCUACGAGUUUGAAAAUCUUUUGAGCGACACACUAAGUCAAUUGCCUGGCCCGCCCACCAAUGUGAAUUAUCAAACCUUGUCCAGCACUGAAGCUGGAAAUAGUAACAGUCCGACUUCGAUCUCCGGACUAUUAAAAUGGGACUACCAAGACCUGACGGGCAUUCCCAACCACUUUGUAGUCCAGUACCGACUCAAGGACAGUUUCUGGACUGAUUGUUGGCUGCAGAAGACGACCAGCAAAGCGAGCGAAUCUCAAAUGGCCGUCAACUUGUUUUACGAUCGAUCGAGAGUGCUGGAAUUCCGGGUGGCCGCCGACACUUGCAUCGGCCGGAGUGAAUUUAGUGAAAUUGUCGAGUCCCAAACUUUACACGACGGCCAUUUUGAAAUGGCUGGAGAAAUGAAUAAGAAGCCGGAAAUGUCGGAUGAGGAACCGUUGUUACCAGAUAAUAGGAUCCCGAACGAUCAUCCGAGUGUGGGUUUACUUUCUCUUUUAGGUUUUAUUCAGACUAAUUCCGAUGUAGAGAAAAAAGUGCAUGCGGUUUACAACAGCCGGAUGCUCCAGCCACGGCGGAAGGAAUUAAUCACGGAAUUAAUCGUCGAUUAUUGAGAAAGACGCGAAGACACGAACGAUGAGGAGGAAGUUUCGGCUGUUCAAUUCAAGUCCAGAAAUUAUGUUAAUAUAAUUGAUGAAUAUUACGAUCCUGACGAGAAUUCUGACAACGGAUUUGAACAUUAUACUGUAUGAAUGUCGCUUAUAGGUGACAAACGGAAUGAAAGGCAUCUUAUAUUUCUAAGCAUUCAGCAGCAAUGGGCUGUGUGAUUAUUUCUGUUGACUAUUUGAUAUUAUCGUGAACGAACGUGACUUUACACAAAUGACUUAUUUUUUAAAUUUCAAACGUCGGGACUGAAUAAAUUUUCUUUCUAUUUGCGUUGAACAUACGCGGUACUGAUCUUGAAUUAAAUGUAUCAGAUGAACUAGACAGUGUGGCACUUGUAAAGCAUCGUUUCAUAGAAGUUUGUAUUUCAUUCAACCUCACUUUU